AUGGCUUGCGGAUCAACUUCUACUGGCCUCGUCAACCGCAACGGCCCUGGAAGCGCAGCUUCUUCCAUCGUCGAGAGCAUCGUCAAGCCUGCCGAGGCCACCGGCGGCAAAGCCAAGUGUUUCGAGAUGCUCGAUUUGCUCUCCCUUCCUGGCCUGCCCUCUGCCUCUGGGAUACCCAGUACCCUCUGCUUUAUGGACCUCCUCGGCCCCUCUUCCUCCUCUUCAAAGGCCGCGCUCACGGCGAGGAAGAACUAA